CCAGUUAUCAUUGUCGGUAGCAUUAUACACAGGGUUUUCUUUUAUGGGUUACGCCUUAUUUAUACUGGAGUUAAGCAGUUGAUAUCCUUAUCCCUUAGUCUUCCGUCGUCGCGAUGGACCACAAGGUCCUUCGAAAAGGCCUUGGACUUAUCCAUGGCCUAACUUUCGAUCCAAUCAGCGAGUCGUCCAAGGAUCUUGACGGCAUUCUCUCUCCUUUUAUAACUGCAGGACUCAGCAAUGCCACACCAGACGAAGUUUGUGAAGCAAUCAUACAUCAAAUCGGAAUGCUCUUCCUCGUCUGCGUCAAGAAUAAAGACGUAUACAUUCGCGUCCGAGGCGACAAAUCUUUCUGUUACCUUCUCCUAUCCGAGUGGAACCCAGCAACCUUAGCUACUCUUUUCACACCUGAGCUGCUUGGGAAACUCCUCUAUUUGUUUGUGGGUGCACGUCGCCGUUAUCUAUCAGACCAAGAUUCUAUAGAAGAAAGUACGAACCUGACAACAGUCAUUGAUGCAUUUAUCACAACAAUCGACCAUGUCGCUAGCACCGUUCAAAAAAGACAUCCCCCUAGCCUAAAGCCUCCCAAAGACUUUAAAGUCACCCGUCCUUGGCCUCCCGACUACUUCAGCAAGUUUGAUGUCGCGAUACUGGGGGAGACAACAACUCGGAGGGCGCUCUUCGGCAUCGAUCACAAGCAUAAAGGGGACGAGGAAGACGCACCUUUGUAUCCACACGACCAGAGCCCUCCCUUAUAUGUCCGCAAGUACCUCUGCUGGUUAUCCUUGACGGAAACUAAGCCCGACUCGAAGGGUGCGCUGUUUCUUGCUCCUAUAGCUUUCAUCUCCGACCAGCAGCGCCAAGAGUGGUACAAUCCUACUGGACAUAAGUCUCGCUUCUACGCCACAGUGACCGAGUUUCUCGACUACGCCAGGGUAGAAUUCGAGAAGACAGGAACGGGAGCGAGGCACCAUGUGAUCGGUCUCCUUACACCGUGGUUCUUUGAUGUAGAAGAAGUUAUGUCGGAGGCAGCAAGGAGAGACGAAGCUAUUCCCACUGUGUGGGAGAAGACAUGCUUCAGGGCCGGAAUGGUGCUUUGCCUAAGCAAGUUUGUACGAAGUGGUUUUACGUGGGUUUAUCAGUUGGCUAUGUUUAGGCCGGGCCUCCCCUACUAUCAGAACGCAGCCGAGCCACAGAGCCGGCGAAAAAAGCAAGAUGUGUGGAUUAGGGAACUCCGAAAGGAGAUUAAUGAGUACUUCUAUGUGGAAAAGGGGUGGAUUGGAGGUAAAUUCCAAAGCCAUGAUGGUCCUCCGUCUUCUCGUAAAGUCUCAGCGGACUCGGUUGAAUUAUCGAAUGAAUUCAUCACGAAAAUCAUGGAGAACCCUAGCUUGGUUCCUAUAACAAGAGCAGAGCAUGUGAAUAUGGGCUUUGAAGAGGUAUGA